AUGCCAGUUAACUGUUUCCAGGGAUGUAAUAGGUCAGGAACGCUAGAGGUUUUCAAGCAAGUGCACAACAAUCUCCUGGACGAGGUGUGCAGCGACGCGCCCAACCAGUACAUGUGUGCUGACUGCAAGACUGUCGUCAACUGCGUGGACGGUAGGGCCUUCCCUCAGAAUUGUCACGAAGACUUCUGCAACUACAAAAGUAGCUUCUUCAGCAACGUAUGCUACACGGAACCACACAAGGAUUGCUCGUGCCCAGAAAACAACGUCUUCUAUAAAGACCCAAACAACCUUUCCACGUUCUUCAUCUGUGACGAUCUCGGAGAGAUGCACAUAUACAGAUGCCCUGAAGGCUACACGUUUGAUGAGCAUUCGGUCCAGUGUCUCAACCCUUCUGGUCUCCCCAGUUGUACGAAUCCUGGGACUUUCGGUUUCACCGAAGACUGCAACACAUACUACACCUGCAUUGUUACGACGAAAGGGUGGCUACAAUACGUGUUCCAAUGUCCGCCUGGCCAGUUCUACAACGAGCAGACGGAGAAAUGCGAAAACCCCUGCAACUGGAAGUUGUCAAAGUUUGAGUGUAAAGAGGAAGGGAGGUUCGGGGAUCCCACGGACUGUAGGCGAUUUUUCGUGUGUACCUGGGACACAGUAGCGAGCAGCUACCGCCAGGUGCUUCGUCAGUGCCCCGACGGGUUUGAGUGGCAGCAGGUAUUGAGGGACGGAUCUGGUCGCUGUACCACAAUGGUGACAGACCAAUGUACACCUGUAACCACUACCCAUUGCAUCAUCCCUGAGGGAAUCUGUGAGUCGUGAGUUCUUUACGCAGAUUACUGUGGAAGUGUAUGUUUACUGCUCCUAAGUGA